GAGGCUCAAUUUUAAUCAUAAAACCUGACCUGACAAAUCCGUCUGCAGUUUUGUAAUGUGGGACGCGCGUGCCACACAUACUACUAAUCCCUGGAUCCUCUGAGUAGGACCAUGAUUUCUGGGACGGUGUUGCCAGGGGGAAGGUGGCGCUGGGGACCUGUUGGAAAUGACAGCUGAAGACGGCGGAUUGAAGCACAGGAAUCACAAAAACAGUAAACACAGAAGAUAGCGAAGAAACUCUCUCGCGUCACCGUGUAAAGGGGUUGUAGAGAUGGAUUCCCUGAUGAGUGCGGUGGCACCGCGCUCCCCAGCCCCCGCCAAGAAGCUGUCAGAGGUGGACUUCCGGUCUGGAGCCGCCCUGGAUCAGCUCUCAACCCAAGUGUCUGAGCUGGUUGUUCUGGAGCAGGGAGAGUUUGGAGACCAGACCGCCUUAGAAGUCCACACUGCCAAGGACUUUAUCUUUAACAUGCUAGGUUUAGUCCAGAAGGUGGACCAGCGCCUCCCAGUGGCGAAUGAGUACCUGCUCCUGUCGGGUGGGGCUCGGGAGGGUGUCUUGGACCUCAACCCCGAGGACCUGGGUGACUACGCUAAAGGAGCAGAUUUUGACCUGGACUUCACUCUGCUGGUUCCUGCGCUGAAGCUGCAUGACCGCAACCAGCCGGUAACGCUGGACAUGAGACACUCCCCGCCCUGCCACUCAUGGCUCAGCCUUCGCCUCUGCGACUCCAACAUCCUGUCCCGCUGGAGCAUCUGCUGCCAGGAGGAGAACGGACUUCCACCCGAGGAAGAGGAAGAAGAGGAAGAGGAGGCAGAGAUGGGUAAAGGCCCUGCCCCCCCUCUGGAUUCCCCUCAGUCUCUGGACGGCUGUUACUUCUCCCCCACCUUGGUGACAGACUGGUUCUGGGGGGUGGUGAGCGAGGCAGUGGAGGAGUUGAGGCGUAGCCCCCAGAGAGGCAUUCCCACCCCAGAACGACUGGAGCGCAACGGCCCACUUACCACCAUCAUCCUCCAGGCGGGCUCGAGCCGGGUUCUCUACGACCUGCUGCCUGUCGUGUCGUUUCGCGGCUGGCCUGCCGUGGCCCAAGGCUGGCUGACCGCCAACCACUUUUGGGACGGUAAAAUCACAGAGGAGGAGGCCAUAUCUGGCUUCUAUCUGCUGCCCUGCUGCUCUCCGCUGGGUGGUCGGCCCGACAGGGAGUGGAGACUGGCCUUCUCACGCAGCGAGGUUCAGCUAAAGAAGUGCAUCCCGUUCCCCAUGGCCCAGGCGUUCCAGGCGGCCAAAGCGGUCCUGUCUCGUAUCCUGGCCCGUCCACGGACCGGCCUCAGCCUCUACCACCUACGCACUCUGCUUUUUUGGGCCUGUGACAGACUUCCCGCCGCCUACCUGUCCUGCCCCGACAGCGACACUCCAGGUCGUCUCCUGCUGGGUCUGCUCGACGACCUCGCCCACUGCAUUCUGGGUAAAAACUGCCCCAAUUACUUCCUCCCCCAGUGUAACAUGUUGGAGCACCUGACCGACAGCCAGGCGCUACUCGUCGCAAGGAAGCUGGCCCACGUUCGCUCGGAUCCCAGCGAGCACCUGCGGGCAGCUCUGGACCAAGCCCAGCAGGCGGGUCAGUUGAAAAAAGAGUUAACGGCAAGCACUAACGGCCACAGCUCCCCCGGUCAUCACCCCGCCAACGGCAUCAUCUCGCCUUCUGAGGACAAGCUGGCUCAGCGGCUGCAGCAGCUCGUCACCGAGAACCCCGGGAAAUCCAUAUCAGUCUUCCUCAACCCAGAUGAUGUCACCAGGCCUCACUUCCGCAUCGACGACAAAUUCUACUGAUGCCGACACGCUGCCGCAGAGAAAAGCGUGGAAAUGCGUUUGCCUGGCGAACUCUGAAAAUGCUCUGAGACGUGGCAUCAGAAGGUACAGAGCGUUUCUUCAGAACACUGCAGGUGUGGAGUUGAACCCUAAGGCUGAACAGUAACCAUGCAACAAAGCCUUGCUGCUCGGCUCACUCUCAAAACCAAAAAACACACAUGUUCGACUGACGUAUGACAUCCCACUCGGCCCACGUUGCACAAUUGACAAGAUGUCGACGAGCUGACGCCACGGAGACGGCCUGACGAGCUGGCCUUAAUGAGACUCAUCAGCUGGUGCUACAAAGAUGAAGGCCAGCUUUAGUGAUGUGAAAUAAGUCUAGUGGAGAUCAACAUUCAAAGCGUGUGUGUUUGUGUGUGUAUAUGUGCGCCUAAGGGUUUUCACAUAAUACUAACACUUCUAAAGACAAGACUCUUUAUUUUUGGCCGUGAUCAGAGUGGGUGAUGACUGAAUUAGAAAGAAAAACAAGGUGUGGCUGAUGAAACUGAAUGUAAUGUUCGGAGUCUUUGAACAAAGUCUCUCUUUCAACUAUACUUUAACCCUCUUGCAUAACCCGACUGGUGAUCUGAUGGCAUCAUUUUCACUUUUUAUUUUGAAAAUCUUUCUCAGGUAUUCAUAACGCUUCUGAUGCUUUUAUUAUUAGUGAUGAUUUCCUUUUUUUUUUUUUUUAAGGUCGUAUUUCCGUGCUGCUGAUCAGACUCUGCCCUAGAUUUCAACAUUAAAUUGGGUAACGGUUAGUACCAAAGAGCUACAUUGGAGCAGUGUUGCAAAGAGAAACGUACUUUAAGUCUUACAUAUCUUUAAAUGUCUAAUCUGGAACCAACUUGAUGAUCUUACUGAGUCACAAACAGAAUGUUAAUUUUCUACAGGUUUGGAAAUAUUUUGGUUGUGUUUGGAAUGUUAUUAUAGCACCUGUAUAAAGGAUUAAAACCACAAAUCCUAUUUAUGGAGAUCAAGUAAAUUAACACUAGCGCAUAUCGUAUAGAAAUAUUAUGGAUUAAAUAUUCAAACAGGUACAGAAUAACAUAGACAUAACUAUGCCAAGGUACUUCUGUGUUAGAAUGUCCCACUGAGAGCCCACUAUGUCAAAUAUUUUUGCACAUUUUUUGUCAGCACCACUUAGUUGUGUGUGUCCCUUAUAUUCAACUGUGCUUCUGACUUGAGUGAUUCUGAUAAUUGUCCUCCGUCUCCUCUGCUUGGUUGGUCUUUUUUAAUGAGCUGUGUUUGUGUGUGUUGUGUUCUCGACGGACUGAACCACGCAGCAGGAUGCAGACAGACACCCAGAUGCUGCCCACUGAAUUAUUUCCUCAGCGGGAUGUUGUGCGUCGGCCCCUGGGGUCUAUCAUUUCGUGGCAGACGGCGUCAUCCACGGGUGGGGUGGUGGUGGUGGUGGUGGGGCACAGGCCUCCGCUGGUCCUUUUGAAGAAAUCUGAAGGUGCGUCUUACGGGGUUUGGAUCGAUGUCUCUCUCUGGGACUGUUGCUUUUCUUUCUCAGCACUUUGUCAUUUUCUCUCUCUCUCUUAUUUCAUUCUCUUAUUUCCCUCCGAGCGUCGGCAUCUUUUUAUUGUUUUGAGCCACACAAGGACGCUCCAGCCUUAUGUUUACACUGUACACCCCUUUCACUGCAAUGCUUCUCAGCUGAUUCCAUUACAAGCUGUGCAGACAGGCAGUGGUUUAGUAGCAACAAGCUCAACCACGCCAAGCAUUUAUUUUCUCUUUUCCCCCUUACAUUAGCGGAGGGAGACCCACUUGUUUUUACCUUAAUGGAUUCGAGACUUUAAUCUCAGCUUGAGAAGUUGGCUGAGCGCUACUCUGCCAACAAACUAGAGGGACUGGGAUUAGUUGGAGUUUGUUGUGCUGCUUCCAGCUGUGUACAGGCAGGGUACAAAAUACUACAAGCACAAGACUGGUUUACAUUAAAAAAAAAAAAAAAGAGAUUAAAAAAAAAAAUUUAAAAAAACAAGGUGAUGGUGGUUAGUUCUGGAGUGAUUGUGUUACUUUAGCAGAUUUUCUGUGCUUACUACUGAGUGAUUUGUUUUUAAAUAUUGUCUGUACUACUAAUUUUUGCAACUGCGUGAAAGAACAGGACUUUGAGGAAAACCAAAGCGUGUAUUCAGUCGAAGGGGGUUUCUGAGGUUCGACCUCUCCUGCACUGGAGCAAUCAGGGUGUGAAUUCAGU